GGCUGCCUGUUAAGUGCGCGGCAAGAUGAAGAAGUUCACCUUCAAGGGCGUGCUGGACGGGUUUCGGUCGUCGGUCAAUCAGCAGUCGGCGGCGGGCGGCGGAGCGGCCAAAAUCUGCGUCGAGCAGGAGAUACAGGAAACGCUCCGGUCGGAACAUUUUCAGCUCAAAAAGACUUUCCGCCAUGGAUUCCCCUACUCGCCCACGGCGCUCGCGUUCGAUCCAGUCCAGCGAAUUCUGGCCGUCGGCGACAAGUUUGGCUCGAUGCGACUGCUGGGCAAGUUCGGCGUCGAUGCGCACGUGAAGCACGAGGGCGAGUCGGCCUGUGCCGUCAAUCUGAUCGAGUUCCUGGUAAACGAGGGCUGCCUGGUGACGGCCACGGCCGACGACACGCUUCAUCUAUGGAAUUUCCACACCAAAAUCCCGAAGGUGGUGCAGAGCCUAAAGUUUCAGCGGGAAAGAAUAUCUCGUCUGCAUCUGCCCAUCGGUACCAAGUGGCUGUACAUUGGCACGGAAAAGGGUAACACGCACAUCGUCCACGUCGAUUCGUUUACCCUCAGCGGCUACGUUAUCAAUUGGAACAAAGCUAUCGAUCCCAUUCGCAAGACGCACCCUGGCGCCGUGGUUCACCUGUCCGAUAAUCCGCUGGAUGCAAACAAGCUGCUAAUAGGAUUCGAGUCCGGUCAAUUAGUGCUGUGGGAUAUGAGAGGCAAAUGUGCGGAAUUUCGCUGGCUGUCGCAGGAGCCGCUCAGCUCCUGCUCCUGGCAUCACGAAGGGAAACACUUCAUAACAUCACACACCGACGGUUCUUUAUGUACGUGGCCUUUGAAACUUUCACCAAAACCCUUAACUCAUAGUUUUCCUCACGCUAAAACGAACAAAGAAGGAAAAACGGAAAGCUGUAACUCUAUUCAAAAAGUUGAAGUGAAAACGAAUAGAAUAGGCGAUCAAUUUACCAUCUUCUCGGGCGGUCUGCCGACGGAAAAGUGCAGUCCGAAGUCGCACUGCAUCACCGUGAUGGUGCAGGGCAAAUCGACGACCGUCCUGGAGAUGGAGCACAGCGUGGUCGACUUCGUGACCAUGUGCGAGAGUCCGUGGGGCAGCGACCUGCAGGAACCGUACGCGGUCGCGGUGCUGCUACAGAACGAUCUCGUACUGAUCGACCUGCUAACGCCCGGCUAUCCCACGUUCGAGUCGCCUUAUUCGAUGGACCUGCACGAGUCGCAGAUCACCUGCUGUACCUACCUGGCCGACUGUCCGUCCGACCUGGUGCCCGCGUUCUACUCGGUCGGGCGGAGCGCGGCGACCAACCGGCGCUCCGGCUACUCCGAGCGCGAGUGGCCGAUCAACGGGGGCGAAUGGCAGCCGACCAGCUGCAGCUACUCGGAGAUCAUCCUCACCGGCCACCAGGACGGUUCGAUCAAGUUCUGGGACUCGAGUGCCGGCACGCUCCAGGUGCUGUACAAGCUGAAGACGUCGAAGAUCUUCGAGAAACCGCGAGUGAGAUCGAUGGACAGUGGCGAGGAGGACCCGUUGGCCAUCUCGAUGAUGUCGUUGUGCGCGGAAUCGAGAAAGCUUUGUGUUGCCUGCAACUGUGGUUAUGUGGUGCUGUUCAAGUUUCGGAGGGCCGAAAGCACCGGGGACAUUGUGGUUUUGGACAUCCCGUUCACCAUGGAAACUUUUACCGAAUUUGAAGGCAGUCCCGAAUGUGAGUUCAUACCAAAAUCACUGCCAAAAACCGUUGACUCUACGGAGAGCGAUAAGAAGAACUGCAGUUUGUUGAAGGUAAAAACUGGACCACAGCGAAAACCGCCCGGGUUUCAGGCUCAGCUGGUAUGCGUUCCGUCGUGGGCGUGCGGCAGUGUGCAGAUCACUGCGCUCACCAUCAACUCCAACUACGGACUCAUGGCGUACGGCAACGAGUACGGCUUGACGAUAGUGGACAUCGUGAAGAAGACGUGCGUGCUGAACCUGUGCACGCAGGAGAUGUACGGCGCGCAGGACCCGUACUCGCGGACGCCCCGGAGUCCGAAGCGUUUGGAAAACAGUCAAUCGAAGGACGAUUCAUUGCGUUCCCCUAGUAUAGAUCAGCCUAGCCACGUUGUGCCGGAGGCGCAGGCGACGGUGGUCGUCGGGCCGGUGGAUGAGGCGGCCAGUCCAUCGUUGGCGGUCCCACCCUGCCCGACCGACAGCCCUGCGGUCCCGCUCGCUCCCGUCGUUACCUUCGCGACCUGCGGCGGCCCUAGCGGUACCGCCGGUGUUGUGGCGCCCGAGCAGAAGGAGGAAGGCACCGAGCAGGAAGGCAGGCCGAACAACGCAAUUCUCGCGCCGGGCGGGAACCAGCCGGCGCAGGAGGAACCGCCGCCGGCGUUGGGGUUGGUCGCUGGGGGGUUGUUGGCAAUGCCGCCAGAGGGUUUGGGGCAACCGCCACCACCACUACCACUACCACCUGCAACGGUGGAAGAGGAAGAGCCGGCGGCGGCGGCGGCGGCGGCAUCGUCUGGAAUGGCAGCAGCGGCAACAGCAGCGCAACGGCGUGCCAAGAAAUCUUUCAUUGAAUCCCUACCGCUGCCCAAAUGGUUGCGGAGCCUAAAUAAAUUGGAUAACUCAUUCUCGAGAUCUCGUUCAUCUUCUAUGUCAAGCUUAGAAAAUAAUGCAAUGGAGGCUGUGACUUGUUUGGCUUUUGCCGAUAGUUAUGUAAAAAAAAGCGAUCCCUCAAUGGCGUUGCCUACUGCAUGGUUGGGAACCAGUUUAGGAUCGAUCCUAACCAUCUCUCUAUCCAUUCCGGAGAACGAUUUGAGGAAAGCGAACGUGGUCCAGACGGCACCUACCGGAGCCAUGUUCCGGCUAAAGGGGUCCAUCCUUUCGAUGUCGCUGCUCGACUGCAACGGGGCACUCAUACCGUAUUCGUUCGAAAGCUGGCGCGAAGAUUCGAAGGACAGCAAAGAGAAGCGAGAAAGGACGCCAACCAAGACAUCAUCCACAAAGAUGAGCCCAACCAAUCCGGACGGUUUGUGCGAUCGGCAGUUUAUUGCGAUUGCGAGCGAGAAGCAGGCGGGCGUGUUUGCGCUACCGAGCCAGAACUGCGUCUACCGGAAGAAGCUGGUCGAUUUCGAUUUUAUCGUAAAGGCAGAAAUCAUUAGCAUGAAGGAUAGUGUCUGUCUGAUAUGCUACGCUUCGAACGGGCAUCUGAUGGUGUUUACCCUGCCCAGCCUGAAACCUUUGCUCGAAGUUGAUUUUCUUCCAUUGGCUGAUCUAAGUUUCCAAACCAAGUGUAAACAGGGCGUGGUGGAUCCAAUGCUAUCCAUUUGGGGGCAACAACUUAUAGUCAAUGAAGAUUCGAAUGUGAUUUCACGGACGUUUAGCUUUAGUAACAAGGGCCACGGAUUGUAUCUAGCCACACCCACCGAAAUCCAAAAAUUUACCGUUUGCCAAGAAUUCAGCCACCAAUACAACAAUAUGCUUGGCGAUCUCUACGUACCUCAUGAAAUGCCGGAAGCACCGAAGGAGAGCUUCUUCAAAGGACUGUUCGGCGGAGGCAUGCGCAACCUCGACCGAGAGGAGCUCUUCGGCGAAUCGAGCGGCAAGGCGAACCGGUCGGUGGCGAAACACAUUCCCGGCCCGAACGCCGACAUCCAGGCGCUGAACGCGCGGACGACGUCGGUAACGUCCGAGAUCGGCAAGGCGCACCAGCUCAUGCUCGAGCGCGGCGACAAGCUGAGCCAGCUGGAGGAGCGCACCGAGCGGAUGGCGAACGAGGCGCAGCAGUUCUCCAGCUCCGCCCAUCUGCUGAUGAACAAGUAUAAGGACAAGAAGUGGUACCAGCUGUAAGCUCAACAUCCUCUCGCAAACCGUCCCCGCACUGACCUGUCGUCAGGCUGACCGCGAUGCGCGGACGCAUGCUUGCGACACGCAACGCGUGGUGUUACGCGUUGCGCUCACGACCAUGCGCCACAAGCUCGACAGAUUUGGCAGCUUACAGGGCUAGCGGCGGGGAGGAAGGAGCACGGCGUUGGCAUGGAAGAACGGCGAAGGCAUCCCAAACUCAACCCCCGCUCCCGUCGAACAAUUAAACCGGGCGCGUUCGACGCCAGCGGGGGUGGGUGGUAGGGGUUUGUCGGGGAGCAGAUUUUGUUUGAAAUGGGAAGCGAAAAAAUCAACACUCCCCAACCCCUCCCUCUCCCUGUUCCAUCCCUCUUUCCUUCAACUAAUACAACCCUGUCUCACCAAGCGAGCACACAUGUUACACAAUGCAACAAUUGAAAUGGAUGGUGGGUUAGGAGAGAAAGGCAAAAAGAAAGAGAUAGAUAGAUAGAAAGAGAGAGAAAGAGAGAAAGAGAGGAAGAGAAAGAAAGAGAGAUGCCAGCGAUGAGGGAAAGAGAGAUGCCAGCGAUGAGGGAAAGUCACAUUCUCUCUUUGCAGUGCGCGGAAAAAGGAAAGCGAGCGCGUGAACGGUUGGACACAGACAGGGAGGGGUGGGAAGUGACAACAUACUGUAAAACAUUGUGUUUACUUGUUGAAAGUUUUUAGAGCAUAUGCAUUGCUAAAAAGGGAGAAGAAAAAGGAGCAGAGCUGGAGAAAGAUUAACAAGCAAACAAGCGAGCAACAGCAAACAACAGCAAAGAGCAGAAGGAACGUGUUACAUUAAAUUAUUUUUUUAAACUUAAUUACAAACAAGCCAACAAGCAAGCAAAGCAACGCAAAAGUGGAAGAAGCAAAGCAAGAAGAAACCAAGUCAUUACUCAGUAAAACAGCAGCUACAAUAGAGAAAAAAAACAACAAACCGAAGAACAAUACACAGGUAGGGGAGCAGAAAAGAGAAGCUAAUAAGAGAGCAGAAGAAGAUGUAAAGAAACAAAAAAAACACACACGUAUUUAAGUGAAAGUGUUUGCCAGGCAGUUUUCGGAUCACAAGUGGUGGCGCGCCAAAUAAUUAAACAUAAAAGGGGUUUUGCCAGCAUCUAAGAAUUAUUAAAGCAGAAACAAAACAAACAAAAAAAAAACAAAUCGCAAGCAAAAA